GUAAGAUCCCCGCUUAAGCAAUCUAAGUACAGUGAAGCCACGUACAUUGUUCCGUUUGGUCUGGGAUCUGCUGCACCUUGCGGUGAUCCUCCGAGGGCCUACUUCCUGACGAAUCCUGCCUUAGAAUUUCCGUACUAAUUCACCAUGUCGCUACCUGACACGCCCUUGCAUCGCGCUACGACGAACCAAAUAAGCAUUCUUACGAAGUCGAGGAACGAGUCUGGUGCUCAUAUCUACUACACGAGUGGACACAGAGCCGACGUAAAGCAGCUGAACUUUGAUUUCGCGGGCACCUUUAUCGAAGGGAGCAGACUGAUUAUAGCUUUCGAAUAUAAAGGCCCACUCGGAAGCGAAAAAUAUCCAAUAUUCUACGGCCUGUACAACAGGCAUGAUCAAACUUACCUGAGGAUUGAUUUUUCCACCGACUACGCAUUUGAACAUAGAUACGACGGCGGGUUGGUACCAGUUACUGUAAACAAAGUGAGCUCUGCCAUACUGGGAUUCCACGUCGUGGAAUACAGGCGAACUGCAAGCUCUAUACAGGUGUACUUGGAUGGCGAGCUGUUGUUUCCCGGCGACAAGCCGCUCAAUCAGCCGCAGUGGAUGCGCGUAUUUUACACAGAGAAGCCGGGCAAGGCCCCGUUCGUCUUCUGGGAGAGCCACUGCAACAUGACAGACCCUUUAGAGGCUAUGAAGAGAAUGGGCCUGUUCACCUUCAAGCACGAAAACAUCUCGAUCGUAAUAGGCGGGUGCGCUUUAUACUUAGCCGAAUGGCCAAGAAACAUCAUAAUUUACUUGAAGAUACUCGACAAAGAAGUGGGAAGGAUUGAUUCUGCAGGCCUUACUGCUUGCCUUCUUAAGGUAUACAGGCUGGGAUACAUCUUCACGAACGCGGAACACCAAGUAAAGGUGCCCGUGAUCACAAACUGGCCCUGGCGCAAUGCACCCGAGAUACCACUGAGUGGCCUGAACGCCUUCCCUCUGCCCAACAAAGUGGUAGAUCUGAGAAUCGUGAGUUCACCAUCAUACUAACGCGGUGCUAAGUAAGCUCUUGUACCUGGCGUGUGCGGCCACUUCAACGCGUAAGUGCACUUGGGAAGACAGACCACUUGCGUGCCAAAAAAAAUAUUCUCGCCCUGCUAAGUUUUGAGCUCGACGCUGUUCUGGCUUAAUAUACCGCAUUUUGAAAACUGAUUCACUGAUGCCCUGUAUAAUAAAAAUACUCGCCUGGCUUUCUCAUGCUUAUUUCCUUUGAAAUCCUGCUCAGCGUACUCAGCGAAUGCAGGGAAUGUUAAUUCAAACUCUGGCGUAUUACGUGCCAAAAACAGGAUUCUAUUAUGAGGCAUGCGUUGCAGGCUACGUCGGAAUAUUUACGACAACCUGGGGUUUCCUUGUCUUGCACCUAAAUCUAAGUUAAAUUGGCGCUUUUGCAUUGGCUUCCAUCGAAAUGAGGCCACCAGUCACGUAAUCGACGCUGUCGCUCUGGAAUCUGCUUACUGCCGUCAGGUUGAAUUCCGCGAGCAAGUAAUUCCACUUGUGUUCAUCGGUAUAAUUCAUGACUGGUUCAGCAGUGUACUUCCGGACGUCUACGAGGGGACGAAAGAACGCCUCGUCCAAUUCAGUGGUGUCCUCGAAUGUGACAGUAUCGUCUUCAAGGCCAUCGAAGAAGUGCGUUUUGAUUAACUGGAAGCUUCGUUUCCGGCUUUCCUCGUUCUGUAACGUGCCUCUUUCUUCCGCAGCCGCGAAAUAGGAGCUGGGAACCCUAAUCGACAUAGUCUGCUUUGACACAAACACACUAACAAAUGCUGGCCAGUUUAGCUCGAUGCUCAGGCUCAGUAGCGUACGCGCAACGUUAGGCGUCGCCGAUCUGCGAGGCCAUAUGAUACCCGCACGUUGGAUGUACUCGCGGAUCACGGGCAGCUCGUCGCGUCCGCCGCGCCGCACCACGUCGCAGGAGUGGUAAAAGCGCCCGGCCUUGUCGACGUUGCUCUGUACGGUUGUGUCCGGUCCCGCGUCCUUGCUGACGACCUUGGUUAGGACGUCUACCGCAUUC